AAAGAACUUUCCGAUCUCGCCGAUCCUAAUUAACAUGGCUUCCAACGGCGCUUCUCCGAGAAUUGUUGAUGCUACUGAGAACAGCUUGGAUAAGAUCAAGCGGCAAUUGGCAUCUGGCUCUGGUCGGAACUUGCUUCAGGGACCUCUUUUCAAGCGAUCUGAAACUCUGAGAAAAUGGAACGAAAGAUGGGUGAUACUUGAUCCUACAACAGGGAAAAUGGAGUAUAAGACGAGACGAAACGAACCAACUAUCAAGGGAACAAUUUUGUUUGACGAAAAUAGCACAAUCUCCAUCUCUCCUGUCAACUUCCAGGGGCUUCCAAAAUAUAAUGGUUGCUGUAUCUAUAUUGGUACUCCACAGAAGAAAGAUUACUUUUUGUGUGCAGAGACUCCUGGUGCAGCUAAGGCAUGGGUCACAACCUUACAUGCGACACAGCUAGUCCUAAAGGCUCAUAAGGAGGCUGUCGAAUCUCUAAGCGGAAGUGGCUCUGCAACACUUGGUACGGUUGCAACCGUUGUGGCCGCUGCCAAUUCAACAGCAUUGGAAUGUUCCAGAGAAAUUCAAGCAGCAAUGCAGAUCUCUUUGAGGAAUGCAUUGAAAAUAACGGCAAACAAACCGAUCGAGGGACCACUAGAUGAUUUGACAAUAAUGAAGGAAACUCUACGUGUCAAAGAUGAAGAAUUACAUAAUUUGGCGCGAGAACUUCGAUCUCGUGACUCAAUGAUAAAGGAAAUAGCAGAUAAGCUAUCUGAGACUGCUGAAGCAGCUGUAGCUGCAGCAUCUGCAGCUCAUACAAUGGAUGAACAAAGGAAAAUCGUUUGUGUGGAAUUUGAGCGCUUGACUAAAGACUCACAGAGACAGCAAGAAGCCGCAAAAUUAAAGCUCAAGGAAUUGGAAGAGAAGACAUCUACUCUGAGUAAGGAAAAAGAUCAAUUGGUUAAGGAAAGAGACGCUGCUCUCCAAGAGGCACAUAUGUGGCGGUCUGAGCUUGGAAAAGCCAGAGAGCGUGUUGUCAUACUUGAAGGAGCUGUUGUGAGGGCCGAAGAGAAAGCGAGGGUUGCAGAAGCAAGUGGUGAAGCAAAAGCAAAGGAGGCUUCUCAGAGAGAGACAACUGCUUGGACAGAGAAGCAAGAGCUUUUAGCGUAUGUGAAUAUGUUACAAACUCAGCUUCAAAGGCAGCAACUAGAGACGAAGCAAGUUUGUGAGGAGAAGACUGAGUCUACGAACGGCGAAGCUUCUCUUCCAAUGACAACGGAAACAGAAAAGAACGUGGAUAAAGCAUGUCUGAGCAUUUCAAAAACAGCCUCUAUACCGGGAGAGAAUGUAGUCCAUAUGAGUGAAGAGCAGGUAGUAAACGCUCAGCCUCCGGUUGGAGAAAACGAAUGGAAUGAUAUUCAGGCAACAGAGGCAAGCGUUUCUGAUGUAAGAGAAAUAUCUGCAGAGACUGAGCGGGACAGAAGAAACAGCAUGGAUAUCCCGGUAGUGACUCCUGAACCUAAUGUUCCACACAAUGAUCCACCUUCAGAAUCUUUUCAUGAUCAGCCUUGAUGAAUGAUUGGUAGAUCUUCGUACAUUUUUAUAUACUCUUGAUGUUUCCGGUAAUGUUUGGAGAGUUGAUUGUUCUAACAACAAAAAGAAUUUGCCUUUUUGGUUUUCUUGUACCUUCAAGAGUUGUCUAUGUAUCUGCAGCUCUUGAACUUGUCUGACUAGGGAAGGAUUCUUUUUCCCCUUUAUUACAACAUGAAGAACAGAGAGUUGAGUGUUAAACUUUUGACUUAUGUUUUUGGAUUCAUAUAAACCAGUUUUCAUAUAAAUGCAAUCCUUCAAC